GUAGCGGGGCGUGGCGGGAUCGGCGGCCGGCCCGGAAGUGACGCGAAGUGCGGGCGUUGACGCGAUUUUCCCGCGGUUCGGGCGCCGGGGAAGGGAGGGGAGCGAAACGAAGCGGAGCCCCUCGGUGGCCGUUUGUACGGCGGGGGCCCGACGGUCACCAUGCCGCCCAAGCCCCUUCGCAGGGCGGGCGCCGCCAGGAGUCAGCGCACCAGCCCCGAGGGCGGCGCCGGCACCGCCUCACCGCCCGGCGGCACCCGGCUGGAAGUGGGGGAAGCGGAGUUCGUGGCUCUCUGCGAUGCGCUGAAGGCGUCGGACAGCGUGAGGGAGAAGGCCUGGAGGACGUACGAGAGCUUGGCGGCCGCCGACGGGGCUCCGGCUUAUAACAAAAAGAAGAAGGAGACAUGGGGAGUCUGUAUCUUUAUUGUAGCAAUUGAUCUGGAUGAAAUGACAUUCACUUUUACAGAGCUGCUGAAAAGUUUAAGCACAAGCGUGUGCACAUUUUUUCAGUUUCUCAAAGAGGUGGAUGUUAACAUGGAUACUGUAAGCACUAAAGUUGAUAGCACUGUAUCAAGGCUGAAAAAGAAAUAUGAUGUCUUACUUGCACUGUAUCACAAGUUCGAAAGGACUUGUGGCCUUAUUUAUCUGGAACAACCCAGUAGUGAGAUUUCUGCUGAACUCAGUUCUGUAUUAGUCCUAAAAAAUUACUGGAUUACUUUUUUGCUGGCAAAAGGUAAAGUGUUGCAAAUGGAAGAUGACCUAGUGAUUUCUUUCCAGUUGUUGCUGUGCGUCUUAGAUUAUUUUAUCAAACUGUCACCUCCUGCUAUGCUCAAGGAACCAUACAAGUCUGCUGUGACUGCACUGACUGUUAAUGGUUCAACUCGAACCCCACGAAGAGGUCAGAACAGGAAUGCACGUGCUUCAAAGCAAACUGAUACAGAUACAAAAGUUAUUGAAAUCCUUUGUAAAGAGCAUGAUUGUAAUUUAGAUGAGGUAAAAAACGUGUAUUUCACAAGCUUUAUUCCUUUCUUGAAUUCUCUUGGUGUUGUAGCCUCAAAUGGAUUACCAGAGGUUGACGUUCUCUCAAAACAAUACGAUGAGCUUUAUCUCAAAAACAAAGAUAUAGAUGCAAGAUUAUUUCUGGAUCGUGAUGAAACUCUACAGCCUGAUGUUAUAGCAUGCUCACAGUUGGAAAGAACACCAGGAAAAAAUAAUCCAGAUGAGGAGGUUAAUCAUGUACUUCCACAGACUCCUGUUCGAGCUGCAAUGAAUACUAUCCAGCAACUGAUGAUGAUUUUGAACUCGGCAACUGAUAAACCAUCAGAUACUCUCAUUGCAUAUUUCAAUAAUUGCACAGUGAACCCUGAAGACAGUAUCCUGAAAAGAGUGGAAAGUCUUGGCCACAUCUUCAAAAAGAAAUUUGCUGAAGCAGUUGGACAGGGAUGUGCUGAGAUUGGCUCACAGAGAUACCAGCUUGGAGUACGGCUGUAUUACAGAGUAAUGGAGUCUAUGCUGAAGUCGGAAGAAGAGCGCCUCUCAGUGCACAAUUUUAGCAAACUUCUGAAUGAUAACAUCUUCCACACAUCUCUUCUGGCGUGUGCUCUUGAAAUUGUCAUGGCUACAUAUGGCAGAACUGCUUCACAAAGUGAUGGUACCAGUGCUGAAACAGACUUGUCUUUCCCGUGGAUUCUCAACGUAUUUGAUUUAAAAGCUUUUGACUUCUACAAGGUGAUUGAAAGUUUCAUUAAAGUGGAGCCAAGCCUAACAAGGGACAUGAUAAAGCAUCUAGAACGCUGUGAACAUCGCAUUAUGGAAUCUCUUGCUUGGCAGUCUGAUUCACCUCUGUUUGAUCUUAUUAAGCAGUCAAAAGAACGAGAAGGUCAGACCGAUCAGCCUGAGCCCACUUCCACCCUGAAUCUGCCUCUCCAACAUAACCACACUGCAGCAGAUCUGUAUCUUUCUCCUGUGAGAUCUCCUAAGAAGAAAGCAUCUGGACACCCUCAAAGCGGUACUUCUAAUCCAGAUGCUCAGCCAUCUGCGACCUCACAAACACAGAAGCCACAGAAAUCUACCUCCCUCUCUCUGUUCUACAAAAAAGUGUUUCGACUGGCCUAUCUUCGAUUGCAUACCCUGUUCUUUCGGCUUCUCUCUGAACAUCCUGACCUGGAGCCAUUGAUCUGGACCCUCUUCCAGCACACACUGCAAAAUGAGUAUGAACUUAUGAGAGACAGGCACUUGGACCAGAUCAUGAUGUGUUCCAUGUAUGGCAUAUGCAAAGUAAAGAAUGUGGAUCUUAGAUUUAAAACGAUAGUUUCUGCAUACAAAGAGCUCCCCAAUACAAAUCAAGAGACUUUCAAACGUGUUCUUAUCAGGGAAGAGCAGUAUGACUCCAUUAUAGUCUUCUACAACUUAGUGUUCAUGCAGAAACUGAAGACAAACAUCCUACAGUAUGCCUCCAACAGGCCUCCUACGCUGUCACCUAUCCCACACAUUCCUCGCAGCCCCUACCAGUUUUCCAAUUCUCCUCGGCGUGUCCCUGCAGGCAAUAACAUCUACAUCUCACCCUUGAAGAGCCCUUACAAAUUCUCUGAUGGGUUUCAGUCUCCCACAAAGAUGACUCCGAGGUCCAGAAUUCUGGUGUCAAUUGGUGAAACGUUUGGGACUUCUGAAAAGUUUCAAAAAAUAAACCAGAUGGUGUGCAACAGCGAGAGCCACGUAAAGCGCAGUGCCGAGCCCAGCGAUGCCCCUAAGCCACUGAAGAGGCUGCGCUUCGAUAUAGAAGGGCAAGACGAGGCAGAUGGAGGCAAACACCUGCCCCAGGAGUCCAAGUUCCAACAAAAGCUUGCAGAAAUGACAUCUACUCGAACAAGAAUGCAGAAGCAGAAACUGAACGAUGGAAACGAUACCUCAGCCAAUGAAGAAAAGUGAGAUUCUCCUCAGGACCAGGGGCUGCUGCAGGCCCUCCCAGCUUUUGUUUUACUGCCUUCAUUCAUUGAGUUGCUUUUUCAGUUGCUUUUAUCUCAAACCGAUAGUUGAAAACCUUUGGACUUCUUUAUUUUUUUCAAGGUUUUUCAUGAUACUUUGCCUUACGAUGUAGCAUGUAUGCGAUGUAAGCCACUGAAUUUAAUUUAUACAUUUUUGGAGGAUUUUAAAAACCAGCUUGGAAAGUGUCUUAGUUUGCUGUUGCAGCGUUACGGAUUGAAGCCAGUUCAGUUCACCUGGAUUGAAUUUUUUCUGUCUCAAGACAAAAUGUUAGCUAGGGAUCUGAAAUGCACUAAUUUUACUUCUUAGAUUUCAUUUUAAUGUCGGAUCUCAAAGCAUUAUUUGCAAAUAUUGAAAAUUAGGGGUCAGAUACCGCAAGGAUUUCUGUCUGUGUGUGUAAUUAACACAUCCAAUUCCCAUUAACUUAAGCUGCACAGCAGCCGUGCAGGGUCAGGGAGAGGCCUUUUUGCCUGGAGAGGCAGAAAGCAGUGAGCUGUGCUGUACCUCAGGUACGUCCCGUUCUGCAGUUCCCCAGCUGUCACCCCCACACAAUUCAGAGGGCCCAGCUUCAAUUUCAUUGAAUCUCACAGAGAUUGAAUCCCACAAAGCAAAAAGGCGCAUUUCCAAAUGCAAAGUACCACGUUGUGCACUUCCAUAUGUUGGAAAACCUUGAUUUAAAAAAAACAAUAACAAAAAACAGAACACCCCCAACCUAUGUCACACCUCACACACAGAAGAUGGCAAAGAUCUCACGAUGUAGGAUUCUCUUGAACCUCACAGCACAAAGCUGUGUGCCUGAUGCGGUGCCUUACCCAAAAGGCAGAGCACAACAGGCAACAUGGGAACAAAUGUUUUUAAGUGUAUUUAUAAGUUAUGAAUUCAGAUAGUGGAUUUUUUUUUUUCUUGCAGUGAUAAAAGGUCUGCAGAACAGCCAGCUAAGAGAAAAGGAUGUUUUAUUUCUAGAGAACUAAAUACAAUAAAUGAGGUGCCACUUUUUUAAAUGACCCAUUCGAAUGAAAUCUAGCUCACGCAGCUGCUUAAAUUGAAAGUUAGGAUAGCAAAGCAUCCUGCUCAUCACACAGUAACACUUCUCUGCAUAGAAGGUGUUUAGAAAUGGUGUAGUGAACCUAAAAUGCCUACAGUAGUGCCUGCUGAAGACCACUUGUGGUGUUGACCAAAAGCUGAAACUGGAGCUACAAAAACCUCCGCAAAUGGCACACUGAUUGGUCACUGAAUUGUAAAAUGAAACUGAGUUAUUUUUUUAUUCUCAGCACAGCUUCAACUUUUGUCCUGAAGAAUGUACAGAAGUGUUAAGAGUGUUUAUUAUGUUUAUUUUUUCACUUAACAGAGUUUUACAGACAGAAUGUGUGUUACAUUGGGGCUCGCUGGUCCCAAGCUCUGUUACAGCAGCUGAAGUUCUUCAGUGAUCCUCGGGUGAGAGCGCUGCAGGCGCGACAUGACAGAGCCCCACACCUAACAGAUCUCCUAGUGCUUGACUGUGACACUGUGUGUGUUUGUUCCAACAGACUGAAGGCUUUACAUCAAAUGUAUGACAAUAUUUUAUACAACUCAUCCGUUUAUCUUCUUUCAAGAUGAAAUAAAAUAGCUUUUAAAAGA